AAUGACCAAAAAGACUAAGAAGGUUGGAAUUACAGGAAAAUAUGGUACAAGAUAUGGUGCAUCUUUAAGAAAGAUUAUAAAGAAGUUCGAAAUUUCAUAGCACUAAAGAUAUUUCAAUACAUUUACUGGAGCCGUAUAAAUUUCAUCAAAUAAUAUAGCAUUCACUUAAAAGAUAAGCUAUUGGUAUUUGGAGAUGCACAUAAACUGGUUUAUAAAUUGCUGGUGGUGCUUGGGAAGUCAAGUAAUAUUAAUUAUAAUUGUAGUACUCCUGCUGGAUUAUCUGCAAAAUAAGGUAUGUUGAGAAUCAAGAAAUUGAAGGAAGAUGCUGAAGUUGAAGUCAAGGAUGAGAAGAAGGAAUAAAAGAAAUAAUAACCAAAGGAAUAAUAGAAGGAAUAAACAAAAGAAAAGGAAACUAAGAAACCAUAAGCAAAAAAAUAAUAAGCUAAGAAACAAUGAGU